AUGGCUCCAUGGUUCCGCGGCAGCAUUACGAGAGAUGAAGCAGAGAAGCUCCUGCAGCCCAGAGAAGACGGUCUCUUUCUCGUGAGGGAAAGCACCAACUUCCCUGGCGACUAUACCUUGUGUGUCUGCUUCAACAGCAAGGUGGAGCACUACAGAGUUAUUUACAAGGACCGACAACUGACAAUAGACGAGGAAGUUUUCUUCAAUGAUCUCACAUCCCGCGUGCAGCACUACGAGCAAGACUCAGACGGGCUGUGCACGCAGCUGACGCGCGCUCUGCCCAGGCAGACGAGGGCGACGCAGCAGCAAGGCUCCAAGUUCAGGGACAUUUCUUUGAUAGACAGGAAGGAGCUCAAGAUUGGUGACAGUAUCGGCAAGGGAGAGUUCGGUGACGUGCUGCUGGGGGAGUGGCGCGGAGUUAAGGUGGCAGUCAAGCGACUCAAAGACAACAUCCACGCCGCCGAGCAGCUGCGCGAGGAAGCUUCUCUCAUGUCGAAACUGACACACGAGAACCUGGUGAAGUUACAAGGGCUGGUGGAGGAGGAAGGCAGCAUCCUGCUGGUCACCGAGUACAUGAGUAAAGGCAGCCUAGUGGACUACCUGCGCAGCAGAGGGCGGCUCCACGUUACCAAGAGGAACCAAAUCAUGUUUGCUUGUGACACGGCAGCGGGCAUGGCGUACCUGGAGUCCAAGAACGUGGUGCACAGAGACCUGGCCGCCCGUAACGUCCUCAUCAGCCACGACGACGUCGCUAAAGUCUCGGACUUCGGGCUGGCAAAGUCCGCCCCGGCCACGCGUGACGGCGUCAAGUUCCCCAUCAAGUGGACGGCUCCUGAGGCACUGCGUCGCAAUAUUUUCUCUAACAAGAGCGACAUGUGGUCGUUCGGCAUCCUGCUCUGGGAAAUUUACUCAUUCGGCAGAGUUCCUUAUCCAAAAAUUCCAUUGGCGGACGUCACGAAGUACGUUGAGAAUGGCUACCGCAUGGAUCCCCCAGAGAAUUGCCCAACGGAGGUUUCUAAAAUAAUGAAGGAGGCCUGGCUCCUGGAGAGCGAUCAGCGGCCGACGUUCAAGGAAGUCCUAAGAAGGUUACAGGAAAUUAAAGCCACCACGCCUGUAUAACCUGGCGCUCCCCCCUAACGCACAUCUCACGACUCUACAUCCACCGUGACGCGAGUGUUGUACGCGCGUGUUGUACGCGCGGGUUGUACGCGCGGGUUGUACGCGCGGGUUGUACGCGCGUGUUCUACGCGCGUGUAAACCAGGGACCAGAUGCUGAACAGCGCUAGAAAGUUCCUUCUCCCGCCUGGCAAUCGCGAUUAAAAUUCUCCUGGAAGUUUCACAGUUUUAGGUCCCCAGAAACGCCAUUGAUGAAAAUUCACGAUCAGGAAUAAAAAAAAAACCGACGCAAGUGAAAUCUUAAGCCUUACACGCUGACUACGCAGGCGAUAUUAAAUGCGUCGAGAAAGCCAAACCUUGUUUUGCGUGAACUGUUAAUAAGAAGAGGAAGAAACAAUUCCUGAUCAAGUCAGCAGCGCUGAAAGUAGCGUUAAAUAUACAGGUCCUGGUGACUGUGAACUACAGGAGAACUGCAGCUCGUAGCAUCUGGUGUGUGGUCUCGUGGUCAUAUCAACCUCUUUUUAUACUUGACUUAUUGAGUUCUCUCCACAUUCCCUUUCUGCGUUUCUGAGCACUUUUUGUACAGGGGCCAUACUUUCAAAACUCGCUAAGUAAGUGAACUAAGUACUUA